ACGAGAAAAUUGAAACCUUUAUGUUAUUUUGAUUGCUGCUCCUCUCUGCUCUGUUUGUUUGGUUACUUAGAAUCUUCAGGAAAACUAAAAGAGAAAAAUAUAAAAGGAGAGAAACAGAGAUUGUUGUGUUUUCUGUUCCUGAGCUGGAAAUACCUGAACCCCGUGAGUACAGCCUUUCUCAUUGCAGAAAGAGAUGGUUGCCUUUGGGAAAAGGUUGAAAGACAGACAAAUUCUAGAAUGGCAAGGAUAUUACAUAAACUACAAACUCAUGAAGAAAAGAGUACGGCAAUAUGCUCAACAAAUUCAGCUAGGAAUACAAGAUCGGCGCCAUGUGCUCAAGGAUUUCUCACGAAUGCUGGAUAAUCAGAUUGAGAAGAUUGUCCUUUUCCUGUUGGAGCAACAAGGGCUUUUGGCAAGCAGGAUAGAAAAGCUUGGAGAGCAGCAUGAUGCUCUUCAGCAGGAGCCUGAAAUAAACAAAAUAGCUGAAUUACGAGAAGCUUAUAGAGCAGUGGGACAAGAUCUAUUAAAGCUUCUCUUUUUUGUAGAAAUCAAUGCUGUUGGUUUGCGUAAGAUAUUGAAGAAGUUUGAUAAACGCUUUGGCUAUAGAUUCACUGAUUACUACGUCAAAACUCGAGCAAAUCAUCCAUACUCCCAGCUGCAACAAGUGUUCAAGCAUGUGGGAAUUGGAGCUGUUGUUGGAGCCUUAUCUCGCAAUCUUCAUGUACUUCAGGACCGUCAAGGAAGCUACUUAUCAAUUUAUGAUCAGCCUACUCUUCCCCUCCAGGAUCCUGUCAUUGAUUCAAUAAAUGCAGCUGUGGAUAGGUUAACCAACUCAACAAACUUCCUUAACUUUUUAGGACAACAUGCACUCAUUAUGCAAGAAGAGCUGCCUGUCUCUGCUGAGGAAAGUGAUGAUGAUAAAAGAUACCAUUUUAUGUCUCUUAUGCUGAACUUGGCAAACACAUUUUUGUAUAUGGUCAAUACAUAUAUUAUUGUCCCUACAGCAGAUGAUUACUCUACGAGCCUUGGGGCAGCACCAACAGUUUGUGGUAUUGUGAUCGGGGCAAUGGCUGUUGCACAGGUGUUUUCUUCAGUGUAUUUUAGUGCCUGGUCAAACAAAUCAUAUUUCAGGCCUCUUGUUUUCAGUAGCAUAGCUCUUUUUCUGGGAAAUGUCUUGUAUGCGUUGGCAUAUGAUUUUCAUUCAAUAUGGAUUCUGUUAAUUGGUCGCCUUUUCUGUGGAUUGGGUUCUGCUAGAGCUGUUAACCGGCGUUAUAUAAGUGACUGUGUUCCUUUAAGAAUCCGCAUGCAAGCAUCUGCAGGUUUUGUUAGUGCCAGCGCUCUUGGAAUGGCUUGCGGUCCUGCAUUAGCUGGCAUUCUGCAGACUAAUCUAAAGUUUUACAAGCUUACAUUAAAUCAAAAUACCUUGCCUGGGUGGGUUAUGGCUGUUGCUUGGCUCAUAUAUCUAAUAUGGUUGUGGAUCACUUUUAAGGAACCUUCUCGUGAAGCAGAAGUGAAUCACGUACCACCUCAAUCAAAUGAUGACGAACACAGUGCACUUGAAAAUGGCCUAAAACAACCAUUGCUGAUUAGUUCAGAAGAUAAGGUAGAUGAAGAUGCUGAUCAGGAUUGUGAUGAUAGUGAAGAAGCUCCAGAGGAAUCUCCCAAACCGGCCAAUUCAAUUGGAUCGGCAUACAGACUCCUUACACCUUCUGUAAAGGUUCAGUUAUUGAUUUAUUUCAUGCUCAAAUACGUAAUGGAGAUUUUACUGUCGGAAUCUAGUGUCAUCACAACAUACUAUUUUAACUGGUCAACAAGCACAGUUGCAGUUUUUCUUGCCUGCCUUGGCUUGACGGUUCUUCCCGUAAACAUUGUUGUUGGAAAUUAUAUAAGCAACAUGUUUGAGGACAGGCAAAUGCUGCUGGCAUCAGAAAUUAUGGUUUGCAUUGGCGUUCUCCUCAGCUUCCAUAUAAUCUUUCCGUAUUCUGAGCCACAAUACAUCUGUUCGGGUCUCCUUUUAUUUGUUUCUGCAGAAGUACUUGAAGGUGUUAACUUAUCACUACUUUCACGGGUCAUGUCAUCAAGGCUUUCUCGUGGAACCUAUAAUGGUGGGCUUCUAUCUACAGAGGCUGGAACAAUUGCUAGAGUGAUUGCUGAUGCAACAAUUACCCUGGCUGGAUACGUGGGUGAGAGUAGACUCCUUAAUGUCACUCUGCUUCCUUCACUCUUCAUUUGCAUAUCCUCCAUCUUGGCAACAUGCUAUACCUACAACUCUUUAUAUUGAUUUUUGUUCCCGAGGCUCAGAAGGAAAGAGGGUUAUGUUCUUCAACAAGACUUUACUCUCCUAACCACUUGGCUGUGUCAUUCUUUUCUUCAUUCAAUGUUUUUGAAUAAUUGAUUCUUCAAUGGCUCCAUAAAGAUGGAACAGUAGCUAGGCUCGAAGAUGCUUUCUGUUAUGGUAGAUAUGAAAACUCUAGUUUUAUAAAAUCAAUCACAUAUUUUGGGCUUACGAAAUAGCAAGAUCUUCACAUCUACUGUGUAAAAACUAUAAAUCAUGU